UAAACAAUUGUUUCAGCUGGAAAAUGAUCUGCGGGAGCUAGGACUGUCAAGAUGGGCGACACGCCGAGGACUAAUGCAAUUAAUCAUCAAGCCGUACGUGAUUCUUAGACGAGUGCCGGACUCUUAUCGCGAGGUGAUGAAUAAGAUUGAAAAUCCGAGGUACAGACGAAUAAAGAAAUCUUAUAACGGUACGCUGAUAAAAAAUCGAGUGAGGAAGACCAGCGUGCUGCGAAUGAAAUAUUGUGAUGGAUCGUUGCAGCAUCCCGCAUCUGUUUUACGAAAUAUCUUUGACUUUGUGAUACUCGAUGAUACACGAGAAAAUUCAAAUUCGUAUUUUCGAAUUUGCGAACGAUUCUCACCGUCUUUUGACAUGAUCAUGGAAUAUCGAAGACAAUCCGCGAAUAAUCAAAGAUCGCUGAUCGGAACAUGUGAAACCAAAGAUGAAAAUGAUUCUAAAGGACAGAAGAGAACAGAAUUUCCGAAUCAGAUUCGCGAAAGCUUUCUUGCUCGUGACAGGCUUUCAUAUAAUGAACACAGACUAACUCAGUUUCUUGCAAAAAUAUUCCAGUACAGCAACCAAAAUUUGCUUUCAAAUCAUAAGGAAAUAUUGCAAAGCAAGCAAAAUGAUAUGGAAAAAAAGCAACAAACAGAUAGUUCGCAAGAUAUUCAUCACAAAGAGACACAAAUUCCAAGCAAUAUAACUAUAUCAUCAAAUAGUAUAAUGGACGGUAAUAAAAUUUGUCAAAAUAAAAUUCAUGAGUCUAGUUCAUCUAGAAAAAUGUUAUCAAGCGGUACUAUACAGAAUUCUGUUCAAGAGGUAACAAAAAAGAAUUUUCAUAUUGACAAUAAUGUUACAAGAAAUCAUAAAGAUAUUUCUGCAGAAAAAUUAAAUAUUAACGCAACUUCUAGUGCGUCCUUGUCGAAAAACGAAUUGUUAAGCAAACAUGCACAGCAUUUUAUCCAUAAAUCUGUAAAUAAAAGUUCUUGUUCCGAAAAUAAGAUCUUUUUGAAAGAUAAAUCUACUUCGAUUUCUACAAAAAGUACAAAUAUAUCUGUUACUCAAAAAUAUGUUUUAUCAGAAGAUAAAUCAUCAGAGACAACCGAACCAAUUCAAUUAAAAAAACAUUGUCUUGAUUCUAAAAAUAGCAUCGAUUUUUCAAAAGAUAAUGCUGUUUUUGCAGGAAAAAAUAAAGAAAAACAAAAAAGUGAAACAGAUGUAAAAGAAUUUUCUUCAGAAAAAAUUAAACUCGUAGAUACAUUUGUACAAGAAAAUUUCGAUAAAUCUAGAAAUGAUAAUAGCUUCCCUAAAAGUUCAAGCAACACAAUAAUUUCAGAAUUAAAGUCGUUCAAAAAAAAAGUUAAUGAUUCCAGAAAUAAGAAUCAAAAUGCUAUUUCAGAAAAAUAUAUGCAGGCUUCUCAAGGUAAUUUGGAAUUGUUGGCUGAGGAAAUAGGUAUGCCAUUAAAUCAUACAUUUGAAAGAAAAAAUAUGAAUCAGAUACAAAUAAAUUUAAAAUCUAAAAAUCUGCAAUCGCUGACAAAAAUACGAAAGCGAAAAAAGACGGAUGCGUCACCAGAUAAAAAAAUGAUCGACAAUAAUGCUAAAAUAUCUAAUUAUGAAAUAUUAUCCGAUAAUGAAUGUGACCAUGGGAAGCAAAGAAGUUGGGGGAAUGUUACAAAAUGUAUGGUAAAAGAAAGAAAACAUAAAUUGCUGAAGCGAAAAAGCGAAUUAUGUAGAAAAGAAAGGAAUAAGAAGAUUAAAAAGAUACAAGAUAAAUUUCACGAUUAUUUUAGAGACACUUUUGAUCCCGAUACUAGUGAAAAUGAAGAGGAAUGCGAAAUUCUGUUAAAUUGCUUUGAGAGAAAAAAACAAUAUUUCGAUAAUUUAUUGUAUGAUACUGCAACAACAGAUUACGAGGCAGAAGAUAUUUCCAAAAUGAAUAAAUAUUCAAUACAUAAAUCAACUAAUAAUUCACAGAACGAUAUAGAGAGUGCAGCAUCAGUUAAAAUAAAAUUCAGUAACAUAUGUGAUUCUACUACAUGUACCGAAAAGUAUGACGUUAUAUAUGAUGCUGUAACAGAUGAAGAGACGGAAGAUAAAAUAUCUGCAUAUAAACGUAGCAUAUCAGCUACUACGUCACAGGAAAAUGUAGAAAGCACAAUACUGGCUAGAAUAAAAUCUGAAGACAGUUUAUGUAAUUCUAUUACAUCUACCGAAGACUAUGCUACGCUUGUUGCUGCAACAGAUGAGAAGAUUAAGGAUAGAGCAUCGAUACAUGACAUAUUAAUUAAUAAUUCACAGAAAGAUACAGAGAGCGCAAUAUCAAUUGAAGUAAAAUCUGAUGAUAAUAAUUCAUGCGAUUCCAAUGCAUCUAUCGAAAAGUGUUAUGCUAUGCACGAUAAUGCAACAGACGAAAAAGAUAAAAUAUCGAUAUAUGAAUCUGGCAUGUCAAUUAAUAAUUUUCAAGAAAAUAUAGAGAAUGAAAUACCGAUUGAAAUAAACUCUGACGAUAGCUCAUGCGCUUCCACUAUAUCUACUGAAAAGUAUUAUGCUAUAUAUGAUAUUAUAGCAAAUGAGAAAGUGAAAGAUGAGCCAUUGAUAUGUGAAUCUGACAUGUCAGUUGAUAACUCGCAAGAAAAUAUGGAGAACAUGACACAGACUAAGGUAAAAUCUGACGAUAGUUCAUGUAAUUCCGCUGCAUCCACCGAAAAGUGCUAUACUAUACACGAUAUAAAGGAUGAACCAUUGAUAUAUGGAUCUGACAUAUAUGGAUCAAUUAAUAAUUCGCAAGAAAAUUUUGUAAACGCAAUAUUGACGAAAAUAAAAUCUGUUAAUAAAUCAUGCGAUUUCAUUGCAUCCACCGAAAUUUGCUAUGCUAGGCAGUAUGUUUCGCGCGAUGCUACAACAGAGAAGAAGAUAAAAUAUAAAACACCGAUGUGUAAAUCUAGCACAUCAAUUAAUAAUUCGCAAAAAAAUAUUGUGGAUGCAAUACUGAUUAAAAUAAAAUCUGUCAAUAAAUCGUGCGAUUUCAUUGCCUCAACUGAAACUUGCUAUGCUGUGUGCCAUUAUGCCGUUCCGCACUAUGCUCCACGCUAUAUUUCGCCUUAUAUUACAGUAAAUGAGAAGAGGAAAGAUGAAAUAUUGACAUGUGAAUCUAGCACAUCAACUAACUCGCAAGAAAAUAUAAAGAAUGCAAUACCGACUGAAGCAAAAUCCAACGAUGGGUCAUUCGAUUCCACUGCAUCUACCGGAAAUUACUAUGCUACACAUAUUUCUACAACAGAUGAGAGGAUAAAAGAUAAAGUCUCGACAUGCAAACCUGAUACAUCAUUUAAUAAUUUGCGAGAAAAUAUAAAGAAUGUAAUACAAACUAAAAUAUCUCACGAUCGCUCAUGCGAUUCUACUGCAUCUACCAAAUAUUAUGAUAGGCAUAACGCUACAACAGAUGAAAAGUUGAAAGAUGAAGCAUUGUGUGGCACUGAUAGUAAUUCACAAGAAAACAAACAGAGUGCAACAUCACUUGAAAAAAAAACUGAAAAGUCAAGAAAUUUCUUUAUACACGCUGAAAAAUAUUACACUAGGCAUGAUGUUACAAUAGACAACAAGAUAAAAGAUAGACUAUCAAUACGUGAACAUAAUGUAUUAACUGAUAAUUCUCAGGAAAAUAUAGAUAAUGUGAUGAUGACAACACAGCAACUUUUAGAGAAUUCUUCAUUAAUUUUCAAUACAGAAAACAUGAAUAAAGAUCAUACAUAUGCGCAUAACGAAAUUAUUGCAUUGUCUGUGUCUCAUAAACUGGACAUUGAUGAUAUGCAUUUAAAUAAAGACAUAGAGAAAAAAUCAAAUAUUUAUACAAUAACAGAAAAAGCAAAUAUGCAGACUAUCCUACAAAAUCAGAAGGAAGUAAUGCACGAUGUUGAAAUUAUUGAUUUAACCAAUGAGGAUGCAAAGACGCAAAACGAUGCGAUGCCAAAUUUAGAAUUAUCUACUACAUUUACACAUGAGUCAAUAUCGUGCGACAUGGAUAAAAAGGAUGGCUGCAAUAGGUCACAAAAUACGAAAGAUGGACAGAUAGUUGAGCAAUCUUCAAUAAUAAAAUCAGAAAGCAAUUCUCCGAAAAGUAGACAUGAUACAAUAACGGUAAAUUCGUCUACAUCUUCAAGCAAAUCAAAUUCCAGUGAUGGUCAUUCGUCGGAUAGUCACUUAGAAGAUAAUGAUAACAAUAGCGAUAUUGAAGUAGAAAUAAAAAUAAAACCUAAGUGGAAAUCUCGAGUAUCACGAAAAUUCUCAAUAAAAGCACCUUGGUCUGCAGUGAACUCGUGCAUAAAAAAUUUACAUACGCUUAAGGAUAAUCCAAGUUUUCUCGAACUCUUUCAAAUGAAUCAUAAAACAUCUUUUGAAAGAUUUCAACAAGGGAUCACGAAUUCCAAUAGUAAAAAUUCAGAAAACAACACAUCAAAUCUUAAUCAAGAUGUUACUGCCGAAUGCAUCGAGUCAGUAGUACCAAGUACUAAGAAAGAUAUAUGUGAUUCUAAUCCUAUUACUAAAGAUAAUUAUUCUCAAGAAAAAUUUCAAGAUUAUGCAAUUUUAAUUAAAGAUAAAAAUGUAACCAUGGAUUGUAACCAAGAAGGGAACGAACCCGUACAAUCCGUCAAACAAAAGACGCAGAUAACUGUUGAAAACAAUCUUGAAUUAAAUAAAUUUGUAUGUGAUGUGCCUAAUUUAAGAGCACAACUACAAGCUUCCACGAACGACAAAGAGAAGAUAAAUGAAGAACAAAUUUCUCAUGAUAAUACCUUAGAGAGAAUUGAAAGUACAACAAAACAUAAUCAAAGAGAACAGAAUGAAAGCAUGACAUCUAUCGAAAAGCAAAAGACUCAGUUGACUGGAAACAAUACUGGAUCAGCAAAAGCUGCGUGUGACACUAAUACAGGAGAACGGUUACCUUCCCUGGAUGUAACGCAUAACAAAGUAAGAGUCCGAUCCAUAGAGGAACUUAAUUAUCAACGAUGUACCACGCAAACUAUAAAUCAUGACCCAUCGAUUACAUCAAAUAUUGCAUGCCCAAAAUUCCUUCGAUCAGUAUUUUCUCAAUUAGCAUCUUCUAAAUCAGUAUCUCCCCAAUCAGUUCCUUCUCAAUCAAUACCUCUUCAGUUAGUGUCUCCUCUAUCUUGUCAAACAGCACCUUCUCAAUCAACACUUCCUCAAUCAGCACUUGCUCAAUCAUCAUCUCAAUCAGUAUCUCCUCAAUCAGUAUUCAAACAGCGGCCAUCAUACAAUAAUAAUAUUAAAGAAGGAUAUUCUUCAUCUAAAACAGGUACUGAAACUAAAUCUUCAAAUAUUAGUAAUGAUUUAAUAAAUUCACAAAUCACAACACAAAUUGUAACAGAAAAUAUUUACAACAACUUCUUAAUCUGUCGUAACCUUAGUCGAUACAAUCUAAGCCCGACACACUUACAAAAAAUGAAUGAGUGUUUAAAACAAAUAAGAGAAAACAUGGAAAAGUUAAAAAUGUGGCAUCAGUUAAGUUUUCAAGAUGUUGUAGUUUUUAUUAAUCAAACAAUGCAAUUAAGUCCACCAAUAUCAGAGUUGGAAUAUAAUACUUAUAUACGAUUAUAUACAUCUUCUAUGACACGAAAUUCAGGACAAUAUGAUGCAACAGCUAACACAUUGCAAUAUUCGAAUAUUACUGAAGCUUUUUACAGAUCUCCGGAGACAUCAGUAUCAAAUGUUAACCCACAUCCAUUUUCAAAUGCGAGAAUGUCGAAUAAUAGCAAUUUUGCACAAUCCUUAAUAACACCAUGUUUGACGCCGACAAUCCCGAACAUCAACCAGCAACAAUUUUUAAAUAAUUCAGCUAAUUCUUCACAAGUACCAUACCUGAGACAAACUGCGCCAAAUAUUCGCCAGCAAUAUAUGCGUUAUGCACCUGCAGUACAUUCAAGUAUGCCGAAAAUUAAUCAACAACCACCUUUUAGAAAUGCAAAUCAUUUGAUUCAAGGUCAGCGUAUGUCAUCAGCAAAUAUGUCGAAUGUUAGUAAUCAACAAAUUUUUGAAAAUAUGAAUAACGUUUCAUCAACAUCGAAUAUUAAUAUGCGCUCAUAUGGGCUAAUAAGUCAAGGAAAUAUUAGUACAUCUCCUCACAUGAAACAAUUAUGCGUUGCAUCAAAAAGCAUAAUUAACAAUACCACAACUAUAUCUGCCACUAAUGUGCAACAACAGAGACAAGUAUACUCUCAGACGUCACAAAACUCAGGAACAGUAAUUUAUCCUCCGUCUAUGACAAAUCAAAAUGUUCCUCUCAGAAUGCAGCAGAGUGCGCAUAAUAAUGUUAUAUCUGAAUCUUUUAUAACAAAUUCUAACACUUCAAAAACUGAUGUUGCAAUGGGAAAUGUUAGACCUGGAAAUAUAACUCGGCAAUCGAACUGCAAUUUACAAGUAUCUCAAGUAUUUUCAAAAGAAACGCAAUCCUUAUCGCAAUACAAUCAAAAUCCAAAUAAUAUUUAUGUUACGUCAUCUCAGCCUGCAUGUAAUAACACGCAAACUAAUCCCGUUCGUAAUAUUUUGACAAAUCCGAACGCGCAGCAGAAGAUGCAACAAAAUCAGCGCGUGAAUCAGUCCAAGGAUUUGUCAAUUAACAAUACCUCAACAAAUGCGCAACAAAACGUGCCGAAGAAAAGAAGGAAGUCCAAAUCACAAAAUAAAACACAAUCCAUAAAUUCACAAGACGUUUCGCAAAAUGCAUCUGGCAUUAUUUUGAAAACUUCUAUACCUCAGGGAUCGGAUAUACCACAUAAAUCAACUAUCGAAUAUGCGAUGCUUAAAACAUUACAAAAGGAUAAAACAAUAUCUAUUUCGCCAAACACACUUGCGCUGUCGAAAAUAGAUAAAACUGCCUAUAACUUUAAUCUAGCAAUUCUAACGGAUAUUCAAAAAAUUGUAUUGCGUGAUCAGAUAAAAUUAUAUUUCCUCAUAUCAAGCAAACUACAACAUUUAUUUACCAGGCAGGAAUUUGAUGGCGCAUAUCAAGAAAAGUCAAUUUCAAUGCUGCUACAUUUAUAUCAUCACCUAGAUAAUUAUAUAAAUGAGAUACGAUCACAAAUUACUCGAAGAGAUACCGAAAACUGGCAAAACUCGCAAAACAUAUCAACGUUACAAAAUGUCAGAACGGAAAUGUCUUCGGAUAAGUUAACGAAGUCUCAAUCUGAUAAAAAUAAUGAAAAUAAUUCUGAAUGUGAUAGAAAUUCAGAAAAGCAAUCUUCGGAGGAAAAUAAUAAUUCAAGCAUUUCAACGAACUCGGUUACGGUUGUAAAGAAUAAUGUAUCAACGGAAAUACAAAAUACAAAGUCAGCUUUUACAGCUUUGAAGUCCACAAUAAUUAAGGAAUCACUUCCGACAAGCACAAAAUUACAAGAGCAGAAUAGUGAUAUAUUAAAGGAAAAAUUAAACAAACCUUCAUUGCUGGAUGCGAAGAGAAAAGAAAGACAUAAAAAUUUAGAAACAUUACUGCUAAGACGUUCAAAGACGCCAGAAGAUAAUUCGGUCACAGAAAUGUCUCACAUGAACUCGGAAACGGAAAUGCAAAGUAAUAUAAAAAUUAACGAAAUUUUUUCGAUGUCUCUGACAAAAAGUUCAUAUGGUCAACAAAUACCAGAAUCAAGAUCUCCUUCUACACAAGAUUCAUCGAAUUUGUUACGAGGGGCUUUAGCUAAUAAAAUAGUAAGCCAAGUAGAAAUUGCAAAAAGUAAUAUUAAAGAAGGUUCUAAUAAUACAAGGGAAGAAAGCAUACGCGAAAUUCCUAGCAUUAUGACAUCAAAUAAUGCUAGAGAAAACGAUACGAUAUCGCAAUCUUGUAAUAAGGAAGAUCAAAAUAGAAAAGUGAAUUAUGCCAAUAAUGAAAUAUCCAGGAAAAAUUCACAAGAUGUAAUAUCCGAUGAUAUUAUGGAAAAUACUGAAAUAUUAAAUUCCACGGUGUCCGAUCCAUCGAACGUAUCAAAUAAUUUGAUACGAUCUUCACUAAACGUGUGUUUAAUAUCUCCGGUAAAGAGGUGCAAAUCUGUGGAAACACUGCAUAUGCGUACCGUACGCGAGGGGCACGCUAAAACGUCAGAUUUUUCCUUAAAUACGCAGCAGAAAGAUCUUGCAAAUGAACAAAGUAAUACUUCCUCCGUGGAAACGUCCGAUAGUUUCGGGGAACUGUAUAUCGAUGAAAGUGCGGACGUUUUGCGGCAAGAGCGGCACGAUCAGGUAGCAGCUGAAGAGGAUAAAUUGAAUAUGUCGCAAGAUUCAGCACAUUCGUUCGACGCAAUUAAAUUGGAAUCUACAGAAGCGACAUCGUUGUCAUUCCUGUUGAGAAACAUCGCUGAAAAAGAUCUGGUUGACAUACGUCAAGAUUUUGUAACAGAAGAGGUGGAGAAAUUUAAUGUGAAAUCGCCAUUAGAAACGCAGGAAAUGCAAUUACCAAAGAUAUCAAAGAAACUUGAAACUUCGGAAGGUACGUGGAUAGAAGGUAUACCUUUGACCGAUAUCGUAGAGAAACAAAUAGAAGAUAAAAAUGAGCGGCGAUGUUCGUUAAAAAUAGAAGAAAUGCAGUUUCAAGAAAUACCACUCAAAUUUGAAGUUCCGUCAAAAUCGGAAGAUGCAUCGAGUAUCGAGGACAGCGAUACGAUACAAUGGAUUGACUUAAAACUAUCUGAAGAUGAGGAAGAAGAAGAAGAAGUAGACACGCACACGCACAGUGGCAUUAAAAUAAUUAAUGAACAACUCAAGCAAGUAUCCGAGCCGAGAUAUUACGAGAAAUCACAAACUUUCGCUCUAAAGGACAAUCCUAUAGACGUAAAUGAAAGGGAAGUUUCCACAGAGAACGAUAUUCUUAAUGUUGACUACAACGCCGAAUGUAUUUCCGAGGAAAGGGACGAUUCGGAAAUGAGAAUUGCAAAUAUCUUAAAUGUUGGGAGCAUAUCACCGUCGUUAUUUGAGAGGAUGAAUAACGACACGGUUGUUGAAAAGGACUUGGAAGCGUUUGCGGAUGAAAACGGUGAAAAGUCAUUGUAUAUAAAUGAUCAUUUGGAAAGUACAGAUGAGGUGGAUGAAAGACCUUGUUUACGUUGUAAACGUAAGAGUACAGUAUAUUGUCAAGCAUGCUUGGAAGCUCAUUAUUGUUCCAAACGUUGCUCAUCUUUGCAUUGGAAGGCAGAACAUUAUAAGCAAUGUAAGGGUCGCAAUGAUUCAGUUAUCUGUAUCGACGUAUAAUUUAGAAGCGCAUAUUUCUAUGUUUGCAAUCUCAAAAAUCCUGUUGAAUUUUUUUAGGAUUUUAGGAUUUUAAGUUUCUUAGAACCAAACACGUUCGAUCGAUGUUCUCGUUCCCAAUUAAGAAUAUUCAUUACCCGUAUUUACGAAAUUUAUAUGAAAGCUAUUGACGCGUUAUUUUUCUAACGAAAUUUUUCUAGUUGAGUUAUGCAGGAUGAUUUCACUAAUAUUUUAUGUUUCUUGUUGACGCUGACGAUAAAAGGAAAUACACAAAAA